AAAUCAGAAAGUCACUUUGUGCAGUCUCUACUGAAAUGUCUUUAUCUUAAUUAAUCUGACCACACAGUGUACAUCUAGCUUUCAAGUCAAGAAUUAUUGAGUGAAUUCACUUCAACAAGAUGAUUUGGUUUCUAGUCAUUUGCUUGUCUUUAACACAGAUGACAUUCGCUGCAAAAAAAAAUCCUAAAAGUUUUGCUAUCCCAAAAACUUUAGAGAAGAAUAGGGAUCCUUCAGUGGUCUGCAGGCAACAACUUGAACUCGGCAUUGUCCUAGACUCCUCAGCAUCAAUCCAACUCCCCGACUUCAAUAAAAGUAUCAAUUUUCUUCAAGACUACCUGAAGCUAUUCGACAUUGGCCAAGACAGUGUAAGAGUCGCCAUCAUACCAUAUGCUAGAGGAGUCAUCUCUAAGAACGCUUUCUACUUGACUACUUACAACACCAAAGAAGAUGUCAUUAGAGCUAUAGGGAGAAUCACUCACACACAAGGAGAUCAUACUGACACCGGAGAAGGCAUCAAGUUUAUGCGCCUGUAUCAGCUAAACAUCGCACUGGUCAGACCUGGGGUCCCCAAGGUUGGCUUGGUAUUAACAGACGGGAAUUCACAAUAUAAAGCUGUAACAGAAGCAGAGGCCAAGGCUGCGAGAGAUAGUGGGAUCCAUAUGUUUGCCGUAGGAGUUGGUAGUGGUAUCGACGACCAGGAGCUACUUAGGAUUGCUGGCGACAAACUCGGAGUGAACCACGUGGACAGCUUUGACAAGCUUAAAAGUAUUGUCCAACGUCUGGCCGUACAGACGUGUGAAUCUACCAAGACAUCAAAGGACGUUAACAACGAGGAUAUAUUUCCAGAGUGCCAGAAACGAUCUCUCGAGCUAGGCAUUGUCCUGGACUCCUCCGCCUCCAUCUGGGUUGAAGACUUCAACAAAAGCAUCAAGUUUCUUCAAACCUUCCUCCAGCAAUUGGUGAUAGACAAGGACAGCGUCAGAGUCGCCAUCAUUCCUUAUUCUUAUGAAGUGCACACCAAAAACUCGUUCAACUUGAAUACAUACACCACCAAGAAAGACGUCCUUAACGCUAUAGGGAAAAUUUCUCACGAGCAAGGCAAUGCGACUUACACUAAUAAAGGCAUCAAGUACAUGCGUGAGCGCCAACUGAGUAAUGCAGUGGUCAGGCCAGGGGUCACAAGGAUUGGCCUGGUCAUAACGGACGGAGUGUCACACGAACCAAACUGGACAGCGACAGAGGCCAAGCUUGCAAGAGACAGUGGGAUUGUCAUGUUCGCUGUGGGAGUCGGUACAAAUAUCACAAAUGAAGAGCUAUUCAAUAUUGCCGGUGACCACUCCAGGGUCAACCAUGUGGACAACUUUGACAAUCUAAACAACAUCAUUCAAAGUUUGACCAAAAAGGCGUGUAGCGAAGACUUUGAAAGUACUACUACUAGAUCUCCAAUAAAGCCUAGACCUAAUGACCAAAAGAAUCCAAUAGACAUUUACUUUGUGUUCAGCCCUUCUUACUUGGGCUACGAGAUCACCAUUUGGACCAAAGAAUUGAUUUCCUCAAUCAUUUCAAGAGAUGGGAAUAAAUUGAUGAAGUGUGGCUUCAUAUCGGAUCAAUCUAAUCCCUGUCCAACCAAUGGAGGAUUUAAACUAGAAAGCUAUAGCACAUCAAAAGAGAUCGCAAAGGAACUGAAUCCUGACACCGCCAAUAAGCUGCCUGCUCUCAUAAAGCAAUUAGCUGAUUCUGGUUACACCGUCCAGCGAGGAGCCAGGCCAAACGCUAGAAAAGUUGCAGUCUUGGUUGUUGAGGGUGUCAAGUCUGCAGAGUUAGUGUCGAAUCAAGUGAAAAACUUACUGAACAAAGGCAUCACGGUGUUCAUCGCUGACCCAACCAAAUCUGGAGCUAAGAUUAAAGGCGUGACCACACUUAAGGGAGGGUCAGAGGAACAGGCUACAGAACUGAUCCAGAAUCUACUGCAGUAACUCUUGUGAAAACCAACUCGUCAGAAGUAGAAGCCAGGGACAAACACAUGGCUGGAUUUGUAUCGCUUGGGUGUCAAUGAGUUGGAGAGUAGUUUUUUUAUUAUUUAGUAUUGAAAUGAUAAUUUCAGAGCAGUGAGUGAAGGAAGUCAUUUAGUUUCAUUGAAACUUUAUAUAAUUUUUAAAAAUGUGCUUGUUACAUUAUGUAUGAAAUAAGAAAGAAGACCUUCAAUCAAUAAAGCGAUUUGAAACAAUAUAUUUUGCUGUGCAUUAAAAAUAGGUAAAACAAAAUUGUUGGGUCUGUUUGAUUAUUCAAAUUAAGUAUGCAAACUAUUUAUGUAUAAUAAUAUUUUCAAAUAAAAAAAAAGAUGCAAAUUGUAUUAAUUAUAUAGAGUCUUGUAUUAAGCUCGUUUAUGCAUGAGUUAAAAUAAAAUAAUAAACUUCA